AUGCCAUCUUGGGGUUUGGCUGGCAAGCUUUUCAAAAACAUCAGUGGCUACCUGACUGAAAUGAACCCUGCCACUUUAACUGGGGCAAUUGAUGUCAUCAUAAUAAGACAGGAGGAUGGCACGUUUCAGACCUCUCCAUGGCAUGUUAGAUUCGGCAAAAUGGGAUGUUUCUGGGUCAAUGAAAACUCAGUUGACAUUGAAAUAAAUGGGAAGUCGGUGGACAUGACAAUGAAAUUAGGAGUGGCUGGAGAGGCAUUCUUCCUCCAUGAUAUCAGUGUGGCCUCUGAGGUAAGUUCACUUUUAGCAUAG